AUACAAUAAGAGAGGGUGUGAAAUGAGGUUAAUUCAAGGAGUGUUGUUCGUUAUUUUUGCUGUUGUAUCAGUAUGCGGAGGAAAUCCCGAUGCAAAAAGACUUUAUGAUGAUCUUCUCAGCAAUUACAAUAAGCUCGUAAGACCCGUAGUAAAUGUCACAGAUGCUUUGACAGUUCGCAUUAAACUCAAAUUAUCACAAUUGAUUGAUAUUAAUUUAAAAAAUCAAAUUAUGACAACGAAUUUAUGGGUUGAGCAAACAUGGUAUGAUUACAAGUUGAAAUGGGAGCCAAAGGAAUAUGGCGGUGUUGAGAUGUUGCAUGUACCAUCAGAUCAUAUUUGGCGACCAGAUAUUGUGUUAUACAAUAAUGCUGAUGGCAAUUUUGAAGUGACAUUAGCAACAAAAGCAACGUUAAAUUAUACAGGGAAAGUAGAAUGGAGGCCUCCGGCUAUUUAUAAAAGUUCAUGUGAAAUCGAUGUCGAGUAUUUUCCGUUUGAUGAGCAAACAUGUGUUAUGAAAUUCGGAAGUUGGACAUAUGAUGGCUUUCAAGUAGACCUUCGUCACAUUGAUGAAUCUAAUGGCACAAACGUUGUAGAUAUUGGCAUCGAUUUAUCAGAGUUUUAUACUUCAGUCGAGUGGGAUAUUUUAGAAGUUCCAGCUGUAAGGAAUGAAAAGUUCUACACGUGUUGUGACGAGCCAUACUUAGAUAUAACAUUCAACAUAACAAUGAGAAGAAAAACGUUGUUUUAUACUGUUAAUUUAAUAAUUCCAUGUACUGGAAUCAGUUUUCUUACAAUUUUGGUAUUUUACUUGCCAUCGGACAGUGGUGAGAAGGUCUCAUUAAGCAUAUCGAUUUUGCUUUCGCUUACUGUGUUCUUCUUGCUGUUAGCCGAAAUUAUUCCGCCGACAUCAUUAGUGGUACCAUUAUUAGGAAAAUUCGUACUUUUUACUAUGAUAUUGGAUACCUUUAGUAUAUGUAUUACUGUGGUUGUCCUGAAUGUACAUUUUCGUUCUCCCCAAACACACACAAUGGCACCAUGGGUUCGAACUGUAUUUAUCAAACAUUUACCAAAACUACUUGUUAUGAAACGUCCUAUGUACUCAACGUAUGAACAUUAUAGUGCCGCAUCGCGUAGAUUUAUGGUAAGAACAGUACGUGCAAUGGAAUUGAGAGAUCAUAUACCGCCUUUACCGCCUCCUGUAUCACUGGGAAACUUUGAACCCAGCCUUCUUUUAGAUCAUCAUAUUGUAGAUCCUUGUGAUAGGGACUUGGAAACAAUCAGUAUAAAUACUUGUAGAUUACACGGCAGCCCAAAAAUAUCAAGUAAGCAACCAUCGCCACAUCAUCAUCCACGUCUUAGUAGAGUUCAGACGUUGGAUUUAAUGGAUGACAUACCGUUACCAUUUCACACAGAUUUGUCAAAUUAUCAACAUCCUGGUUCACCAAUUUUGCCAUCUGUAACACCAAAAGUUCCCUUGCAUCAGCAACCAGCUGCCAAUGGAGUUAUUAGUACAACUAAUAACCUGAUAAACGAUAACGAUCUAGAUGACUCACAAAUGCCUGCAGUUGUUCCCGAGCCUCCGCCGAAGCCAGCACCUCAAGAGAUCCCUCCGCCAUGUAUGAUGCGAAGUCGCUGGCAUGCUUGUCCAGAAUUACAUAAAGCAAUGGAUGGCGUAACAUAUAUUGCCGAUCAUACACGCAAAGAAGAAGAUAGUACAAGAGUAAAAGAGGAUUGGAAAUUUGUUGCAAUGGUACUCGAUCGUCUGUUCCUUUGGAUAUUCACAAUUGCUGUUGUUGUAGGAACUGCUGGAAUCAUCUUACAAGCACCUACCUUAUAUGACACUCGUGUUCCCAUUGAUAUCAAAAUGACAAAUAUCCAAAUGUCUAAAAUAAAACAUCCUUCAAUGAACCCAUAA